GUUACCAUGACCUCAACUGCACCGGUAAGUAACAAGUGGCGAGUGAUACUGUAACAUCACAUCACAGGGUGACGGUGUUCGGCCGAGCUGGUCGAUCGACACGGCGGCCAGCAUGAAGGCGUCCUGCUUCCUGGUGGUGCUUCUGCUCGCCGUGGCCACGGGGAGCAGGCUCUCGCUCGCCGCCCGCGAGGGCAGCACCCUGGGCGAGCUCAUCGCCAAGGCCGGCAGCUUCCUCACGUCGGCGGGCCGCGCGGGGGCGGACGGCUGGCGCUCCGCCGCGGCCGCGGAGGUGGACGCCUCGGCGAAGAAGGGGCACGGCCAUCCGGCGGGGGCGAAGAAGCGGCUGAAGAAGUCUUCCGUGAACUGCAUCCCCGCCGACAUGUGCCGGAGGAAGAAGGUGCUGUGCGGCAAGCGGUGCUACAAGACGUCGCACGCCGCCGCCGCCGCCGGCCUCAGCCACGUCCCCCCCACCCGGUGCGUCGUCAGGUGCAAGAAGUGCGUGCCCACCUGCUAGACCGUUCGUUGGCUGUUCCUUCCCUUCCCUCUUCUGGGUUCCGUGUCGUGUCGUGUCGUCGUGGUCGAUCCAUGCAUGUUAGCUACAGUACAUUUGCUUUCCCUUC